GUAGCGGAGCCGCAAGCCACCGGCAUCUUGCCUUUCCUUCUCCCGCCCCCUGUGCACCCCUCUCCGCUCCCACCUCUCGGUCUUUGCCCGGCCCCACCCGCCAAAAUGAACAGCUCGGACGAGGAGAAGCAGCUGCAGCUCAUCACCAGUCUGAAGGAGCAAGCAAUAGGCGAAUAUGAAGACCUUAGAGCAGAGAACCAGAAAACAAAGGAGAAGUGUGACAAGAUUAGGCAAGAACGAGAUGAGGCUGUUAAAAAACUGGAGGAAUUUCAGAAAAUUUCUCACAUGGUUAUAGAGGAAGUUAAUUUUAUGCAGAACCAUCUUGAAAUAGAGAAGACUUGUCGAGAAAGCGCCGAAGCUUUGGCCACAAAGCUAAAUAAAGAAAAUAAAACACUGAAAAGAAUCAGCAUGUUAUACAUGGCCAAGCUGGGACCAGAUGUGAUAACUGAAGAGAUAAACAUCGAUGACGAUUCAGCCACGGACACAGACAGUGCUGGCGAGACCUGUAUCUCAGUACAGUGUCAGAAGCAAAUCAAAGAGCUUCAAGAUCAAAUUGUAUCUGUUCAGGAGGAAAAGAAGACGUUAGCCAUUGAACUGGAAAAUCUCAAGAGCAAACUCGUAGAAGUAAUUGAAGAAGUAAAUAAAGUCAAACAAGAAAAAGCUGUUUUAAAUUCAGAAGUUCUUGAACAGAGAAAAUUCUUAGAAAAAUGCAAUAGAGUAUCCAUGCUGGCGGUAGAAGAGUAUGAGGAAAUGCAGGUAAACCUGGAAUUGGAAAAGAACCUUCGAAAGAAAGCAGAGUCGUUUGCACAAGAGAUGUUCAUUGAACAAAACAAGCUAAAGCGACAAAGCUACCUUCUGCUACAGAGCUCUGCUCCUGACCAGCAGCUUUUGAAAGCUUUAGAAGAAAAUGCAAAACUCACCCAGCUCCUUGAAGAAGAGAGAAUUCAGCAUCAACAAAAGGUCAAAGAGUUAGAAGAAAAACUAGAAAAUGAAACACUCCACAAGGAGAUCCAUAACCUCAAACAGCAGCUGGAACUUCUAGAAGAGGAUAAAAAAGAAUUGGAAUUGAAGUAUCAGAAUUCUGAGGAGAAGGCCAGAAACUUAAAGCAUUCCGUUGAUGAACUCCAGAAACGGGUGAACCAGACUGAGAACUCAGUUCCUCCUCCACCUCCUCCUCCGCCACCACUCCCCCCGCCACCUCCCAAUCCUAUCCGAUCUCUCAUGUCCAUGAUCCGGAAACGAUCCCACCCCAGCGGCAGUGGUGCUAAGAAGGAAAAGGCAGCCCAACCGGAAACAACUGAAGAAGUCACAGAUCUGAAGAGGCAAGCGGUUGAAGAGAUGAUGGAUAGAAUUAAAAAGGGAGUUCAUCUCAGGCCAGUUAACCAGACAGCCAGACCGAAGGCCAAGCCAGAAUCUCCCAGAGGCUCUGAAAGUGCAGUGAAUGAACUGAAAGGAAUACUGGGGACACUUAACAAAUCCACUAGUUCAAGAAGCUUAAAAUCCCUUGACACUGAAAACAGUGAAACUGAGUUAGAAAGGAUUUUGCGUCGCAGAAAGGUGACAGCAGAAGCAGAUAGCAGUAGUCCAACCGGGAUAUUAGCCACCUCAGAGUCCAAAUCCAUGCCAGUGUUGGGUUCUGUAUCCAGUGUAACAAAAACAGCCUUGAACAAGAAAACUCUGGAGGCAGAAUUCAACAGCCCGUCCCCCCCAACACCUGAGCCAGGUGAAGGGCCCCGUAAAUUGGAAGAAUGCACGCGUUCCAAGGUUACAUUUCAGCCUCCCAGUAACACUGGCUGCAGGAGAAAAGACGUGAGCAGUGAAAACCAAGCUGGACCAGUUGUAGUUUUAGAUCCUAUUUCCACACAUGCAUCCCAAACCAAAGAUCAGGUGGCUGACAAAGAUCCAACUCAACCCAAGGAGGAUGACGGCAAAAUUAAACCAGAAUGCAAAGAAGACAGCAUUGAAAAAAUCAGAGAGACAGACAGCUCCAGCUGCUGAUCGGUAAACCAGGAAGUUGACAUAUUCCGAAGUCCUUUGCAAUAAGCACGUGAUUAGUUUUGCAUAUUGGCAAGGGCUAUGGACAUUCUGUUCUUGGAACUCUCUUCAGAAUACAGGUUCUUUUUAAACGUCACUUUGUAAGUACGUAGCUCAACUAUAAACAUAAGUAAGCUACUUAGCAAACAAACUCACUCAAGUAGUUUUUGGUUUUGAUCUUUAUAGGGAUAAGGUUUUUUCUAGUUAUUGUAUUAAGCGUGGCUUCUUUUUAAAGGGUUACAAAAAAUCCAGAUGUUGGUAUCUUUUUAGGUAAUGUGCAUACCACUCAUCAGAUGUAACACAGAACAUUUUUGGUACUUCUGGGUAACUGGACAAACAGAACUAAGUGUGACUUAAAGGUCCCCAAAGAAGCUUCUGUUUAGGAUCUGAUCCACGUUUGAUGAGAAAUUGCAGUAGCAUGGGAACUGUGGGGCAUUGUAGCUACAGAUGACUUUCUUGGAGAUACUGAGAUAAGCUUAAAAUCCAGGAGCUGGCAUCAAGUUAGUGGUCCCACAGUCAAUGUUAGUUACACACGUUGUUAACUCCGGGGUGACAAUACAUGCAAUUGAUCCUGUCCAAAGCUUCCCAGGGACUUUGGUGGGAAUACUCUGGUGGCUGAAACAGAAUAGAAGGGAGUGCCGAAGUCCAAUCCUUGAAUUCAAUACAGUACAGUGUUAUCUUGGUAAGCCAUGUGCUCUGUGCUAGGUUAAUUGUGUUUUCUCAUGUAUUAAUGUGGCCCAAGUACCAUAUUGUACCACAGUUCUUAUGUACAGCAAAGACAAGUGACAAGCACACAGUUUUCUUGCUUUGCUGCUGAUCUACAUUACACAGGAGUUUGUGUGUGUGUGUGUUUUUAAAGAAAUUAAGUGGUAGUUAGUCUCUAAAAAUACAAUGUUUCAGGCUACCACAGUGGAUAAAUAGAAAUGUAAUCAGGGAUUCUUUUUUUAACUUACACAGCUUUUCAAAGUUGAUUGUUUCAAAAUUGGUGUUUAUUUAAAAUAUGUGGUAAUGUACUUGAAUGCAUUUUUUUUUAUGACAAUGAUUCAGUAAUGGUAAUUUUACUAUUAAAGACAGUGAAAGGUUUACUUUUGUUAGCAUGGCUCAGCAUGUAGCUGUCAGGUGUUUCUCACCUAAGGGCAGAAGAAAAUGAUAGUAAUAAUUUCAGUCGUAUUUUAUUUUUGCACGUGCGUUAAAGCAUAGGUUUGAAGAGGUGGCCAGGCGGGUAAAUGUACUUCCUCAACUUGGAGAUAAUUAUCUUUCUGUAGGUUUGUUAGCUUGACUCUUUCCAUAUUCUUCCAGUGAUAAUUUUACAGUUCCUUACCUGCUUACUCAUGGGGAAUUAAGAUGUGAUGUUUUUCAAUUGUAAUUUUUCCUAACUGAAUAGUCCUGCUAUAUGUUCUGCUAACUACACACUGCAUUGAUUCACUCAAACGAGUUGUUUUGCUGUGAUUGGAACUGUUCUCACCAGAACCUAUUAAAAAGCACCAACAGUUUCCCACGAAGGGUCAGUUGUGGUUAUUGACAUUUUUGGUUUGUUUCCUCAAGCUUGAUAUUCUUCAAUAGGGUAAUCGUGUGAGAGUUGAUAACUCUAGUAAUUUUUAAUAAUCCACAAAAUGGUUUAUUUGAGGAAUUUUGUUCCAUGUUUCUUUAUACUCUCCCCCGUGUGUCUCUCAUCCAUCUGCUGGCACACACCUUAGCGAUAUUUAGGAGUAUAAAGCUACAUACACUUGUCCAUAUUUCAUCACACACAUCGAUAGAAUGUUAACCAUUAUUUCUUGGGUAAGAAGUUAACCAUUUGGUGAGAUGUGUGAGCUGGACCAGGCCACAGCUGCUUAGUAACCAUAUUGUGAAAAUGCUCUUGCUUCUUUCUAAGCUGCUUACUGUCCUUCACCAUGAUCACAAAAUGUUUUA